UGGCUGGCUGAAAUGGCGAAUUUCCAUGUCAGUUCACGUUCGAUAUUUGUGUUGUUUGGUAGCGGCAAUCGGGCGACCGUCCAAGCGCCUUAAAAACGAACCGAGCGCGUCGCGCUUAUUCCCAAAAAUCGUUCUCAAAAAUACCACCCAGCGAGUGUGUGUGAGUGCGCGAUUUGGCUAUGAUGUGUGGCUGUGUGCGUAUUGAAGUUGUUGCAUUGACAAGGAGCGACCAAAAACAACGCCCAGAUAAGUAGGCAACGGAUAUAUCAACUUCUUCUGACCUACUCAAGAAAAUAUAACGAAGCUAAAAGGCAGCGAGCAACGACGGAAUUCGCAAGGAGCCAAGCGAAAAUUUAAGUUGUUGUGCCAGUGUGUGUGGCUGUGCUCAAGUGUGCGUGUGUGUGAGGCGCCAACUUGCCCCGGCAGAAAAAUAUAAAUAAAAAGUCAGCCAAAUGGCAGCCCAAAGGCACAAAAAGUGAAAAGCAUAUCCCACAGAAAGAAAGAAAUAUUCAAGAAAAUUAAAUUCUCCAGUGAAGUGUGACGGAACGAAAAGCCAUUCCGGAGAAAGUACGUACAUUUUGCAAAUCAAAGCAGGGCACUAGGAUCCGGUCUGGACUAUUAAACGCAUAAUCCGCGAUGGAAGGACGCCAACUGGAGCCCCAGCAGCAGUCGGCCAGCGCCUUGUGUUCCUUCUCCGAAUCCUGUUCAUCGCUGAGUACCUGAACGUCUCCGAGGAGAAUGUCAGCUUGCAUGACAAUUGUAGCGUGCCGGCAUUCAGAAAACGCAGCAGCAGCAGCAGCAGCAGCAGACGACGCGACUGAGCGAGCAGUACGUGAAGUGAUUCUCGAGAAGGAGCGGGAGUAGGACGAACAGGACGCGCUGCGGCAGGAGCAAGAACAUCCCACACCCGACUUCCAGCGCACAUGCACGACGGGAGGGCUUAGCACCUGCACUCGAGCCGCAGACAGCAGAAGAGCCAACGCACGGAAUAAUUGUCUGAAACUGCCAUAUAAUAUUUUGCACAAGCCCAACAGAGUAUCGCUGUAAAGUAAAAUUGUAUACGGGAGGCAAAAAGCGAAAAUACUUGCUGAAACAAGCAAAGCGGAAACCAGGCCACGCCACAAACAGCUACUUGUGGUCAAUUAUACAAGGGCAGAGCGGAAAAAAGAUAAAACACCAGUCGGACAUCAAGUUGUCGAAAAAACACCGACAACAUUGCGACGUGGCCAUUUUGACCAAUAAUAAUAAUGGUUAUGCUGCUCUCCAAUCGACAACUCCCGCCAUCAGCAGCAACGAGAACGCGGCGGAAAGUGCCGCCCACGGGGAGGAGGUCGGGGUGGGCGUGGUCAUCUCUGCUGGCUCUGGUCCUCCUGGACAUAUAUGUGUCCCGAUGCUCGGCAGCCGGCAUUAGCUAUAGCAGCAACAGCGGCAACCUGAGCACUUCGCAAAAGAGUCCCGCGUCGGUGAAUAAUGGCGGACUCGUGCUGAUCGGCUCCAGCAGCGCCACUUCCAGUUCCGUGCCCUCAUUAUCCCUCACUUCUUCAUCGUCGGCGGGCUUGUCGUCCCCCGGCAGCAGCUCAUCCUCCUCCUCAUCCGCCACGAGCAGCAGCGGAUCCAAUGGCAGCCGCAGUGGAAGACCCACUAGCAAUACCAGCAACUCGAACUCGAACUCCAACUACAGCCCGAACCAUGAUCAAUUACCCGCCCAGCUCUCCUCGCGGAUUAUCAACACACGCAAUGGCGCCAUAUCGGGCGUAAUUGUCCAAUUAGACGGAAGGCACUUGGAUCCGGUGGAGGCGUACCGGGGAAUACCCUACGCCUCGCCGCCGGUCGGCAAUUUGAGAUUCAUGCCGCCCGUCUCCGCGGCCAUGUGGUCAGGUGUCAAAAAGGCGGACAGAUUCAGCCCGGUUUGCCCGCAGAGAUUGCCGGACAUUCACAACGAGACGGCGGCCCUGGAACGGAUGCCCAAGGGCAGACUGGAGUAUCUGAAGCGAUUGCUGCCCUAUCUGCAGAAUCAAUCAGAGGACUGCCUCUAUCUAAAUAUUUAUGUGCCCAUACAAGCUAAAACCGAGAAAAAUGACACGACCAUGUCGGGGGACUGA